AUGCCGUAUCUAAAUGCUACAAUAGAAAAAAUAUGGGAAACUAUAACUUUUAUGGAAGAAAUACCAGCACCACCAAAUGCGGGAAAUGAGCCACCACCAGGGAGGAGAAAUAGAGAAUUUUGUGCUUAUCAUCGCUUCCAUGGUCAUACAACAAAUAAUUGUAGGGACAUAAAGAAAGUCAUACUGCGAAUGAUAGAUCAAGGAAAGUUGGAUCACUUUCUGGUACAUCAACAUCAGAAUCUACCACCACCACCUCCAGAAGGUCGCACACAAGGCUCAGAGACAGGAAGAAAUACAUAUUUGAUAGAGGUGGGUGCGAAGGCGAAGAAUCUAUAUUGUAAUUCGACAAUAUAUUCGUUUAAGAACAUAGAAGACUUUCAUGAUAAUAUCUUGAGCAGAGUUUACACGAGGGAUAGUGAUGGAAGAGAGAUAUUGAAUCUUGCGAAAGUAUCUCCCUUAAAAGACUGGAAGAAGCAACUUAUUUCCUUUAACACAGAAGAAGUACCUAGAGGUGGAGAACCGCACGAAAGUCCUUUAGUGGUAAAGUUGGAAAUCAACCCAACAGCAAAAACUGAUGAAGAUGAAGAGGAAGACGCGUAUACAUGGGAUAUUAACAAAAUACUAAUAUAUCCUGGUAGUUCGGUGGACAUCUUAUUUUACCAUGCAUACAAAACUAUGGGUGGUCGAGAUGAAGAGCUUAUUCCCUCUACUUAUAAGAUAUACGAAUCACCUCACAAUACUUUGAUUGGAAGACCGUGGUUGCAUGGUAUUCUAGGGGUGGCUUCAACUUUCCACCGAUGCAUCAAGUUUCCUCUUCCUCAAGGUGCAGGAAUAAUAAGAGGAGAUCCAAAUGAAGGAACAGCAUGCCAUGAGAUUGACAUUGACAAAUGUGAAGAGCGCUCCAGCAAGCGAAGAAACUGGAAACAGCAGAUUAAAGAAUGUCAGCGAGCUGAAAGGUUGAUGGUAGAUGUUGUAAACAAAGAGAAUGAGAUAACACUUAAUGCUGCAUAA